AUGGCGGACGACAUACCGAAUAAUUCCGAAACUAUACCUGACGUUUCUCUAAACACACCUCAAGUUCCUCCAAUGCACAUGGAAGUCGAACCAUCCCCUGAACUACCACAUCCACCACCACCAACAGACUCUGAAGCUGUUAUUAAAAACUUGGAACUGGUGCCCGAACUUUCUGCAGAACUUCCUGUUCAACAAUCUGAUCUGUUGGAACAAUCUGUGGAACAAUCUGAUCAACCCGAACAGCCCCCAGUUGAACAACCGAUAGUACCGGAAGUGCCAAUAAGUGAAACUGAGCAGGUAGCUGUUGCACCUGAAGAGAUUGUACAAGAAAAACCUCCAGAAGAGGUAGUUCCAGAAAAGCCUCCGGUAAAAAUGAUAAGUAUUCACAUAAAAACUCCACAAGAAAGAGAAACGUUUGAGGUAGAGGAGAAUGCUGGUGUUAAAGACUUAAAAGCUGUGAUAGCUCCUAAAUUUAAUGCGGAACCAGAUCAACUGUGUCUAAUUUUUGCUGGAAAAAUAAUGCAGGAUGAGGAUCAUCUAUUACAACACAACAUUAAAGAUGGCUUGACGAUUCAUUUGGUAAUUCGUGCUGCACCCAGGUUAUCCGAAGCUGCAGCUAAUAGACGACCAGCUGAUAUAGGAGCUACUCCAUUUCAACUGGGGUCAUUAGGAGGUUUGGCUGGACUGAACCAGUUAGGAUUGAGUUCUCCUACGUUCAUGGAGCUACAGAAUCAGAUGCAGAGUGAAUUGCUUUCUAACCCUAACAUGCUAAGAAAUCUUCUAGACAACCCCAUGGUAACCCAGUUAAUGAGUAAUCCUGAAGUUAUGCGAAAUCUUCUGAUGAGAAAUCCUCAGAUGCAAAAUCUGGUGCAAAGGUACCCUGAAAUACACCAAACUUUGAAUAAUCCAGAACUAUUACAACAAACGGCGGAACUGGCAAGAAAUCCUUCAAUGUUGCAAGAAUUAAUGAGGAGUCAUGAGCGUGCAAUGGGCCUGGAUCCUAGCUCUCCUAUUCCUACUAGUAAUCCUAUUCCAAAUUUGUUUCAAAAUCUUCAAGAACCAAUGCUGUCAUCCUUAGCGGCUCAGUAUCAGGCUGGAGCACAAACCAAUCCUGGUCGUGGUGUUUUAAAUCCACCGCCCUUAGCUAGUUUGCUACAGCAAAUGUCAGAGAAUCCUACUAUUAUACAAAACAUGCUUCAAGCUCCAUAUACCCAGUCAGUAUUAGAAGCUCUUAGUGCCGAUCCAAGUGUAGCAAAUGCUCUUCUAGCUCAGAAUCCUCUGAUUACAGAAAACCCCACCUUACAGGAACAAAUGAGAAGUAUGAUGCCACAAUUGGUCCAGCAGAUGCAAAAUCCUGAAAUACAAAACCUUAUGACAAACACCCAAGCAUUAGAUGCCAUCCUUCAAAUUCAACAAGGCAUGGAGAGCUUAAGACAAGCUGCUCCCACUUUAAUACAUACAUUCCCCCCACCGGCACCUCAACCCCUUAACACAGGCACUCCUGGCUCCCAAACAGAAAAUUCCACUCAAAACCCUCAGCCUGGUGCCCCUAGAGAUGCUUUCUCAGAAUUCAUGAGUAGAAUGGUAUCCAGUAUGGCAGCCAACACAAACAACACAUUGCCACCUGAACAGCGAUAUCAACCUCAGUUAGAACAGUUGGCUGCGAUGGGUUUCCUUAACCGCGAAAUAAAUCUACAAGCAUUGAUUUCCUGCUUCGGAGAUAUAAAUGCAGCUAUCGAAAAGUUACUUUCACAAGGGCAGUUAUCUUCAAUGGGAUAA